AAAUGAUCAGAAUAUGCCGAAAAGUCUCCUACAGAGAUAAAUAAAUAUCGGUUUCAAAUAUUUUACGUCUGCUUACAGAUUUUUAUCCAUUAAUUGAUCAUAUGCUCUACUCUAACGUUGUCGGUGUUUCGCUGUUUUGACUUAUUCUAUAUUAAUUGGUACUAUCUUCUUUUUUGAUUCUACAGAUUAAAGGAAGACAGCGUCCGCCGCUUUGACAAUAAUCGGAUUAAAUUGCGGCAACUCAAGGAAACAUGCUCUACAGGCGGUAUGCGGGGACCACGUUGGCAUUUUACAUUAUAUACAUGUUUUCACGACGAAUUACAGCAGAUGUACCUAGCACAGAUGACAUAGAUCCAAAUAUCCAAUAUAUACAAGGGAUGGACACCAAAAAUGGCAAAGGAUUAUCAGACCUGAGAGACACAAUUUCCAGUUUAGAUAAUUAUCUUGCUAAUUAUCAAAAACGAACUUGUCAGUUUGGCUUGAACAGUCAUCAUUGUAAACUCUCGGCAUUGGAUAGUAUAUUGAGCGCUUCUAAUUGGUUAAACAGUGGCCACAGUCCAGGCAAACGUUCUCAGCAAAUCACUGACCCUCAGCUUAUAGACAAAUAUACCAAAAUUUUAGAUGACGUUAAUCGCAAGAGAGAAAAUUUAGCUGUUUUAAAUGGAAUUUUAGAAGAUGCAGAACAUCAGGCUACGUUUAAAAGGAAGAGGUCUUGUUACCUAAACCUUGGUGGUCGUUGUGCGACAGAGCUUGCUUCAGCCAUAGCUGACCAGUACUAUUAUCUAAAUGGACCAAACAGUCCUGGAAAACGAAGAAAGAGGUCCAAUCUUCCGCUUGUGUGAUUUUAGCAAGCAUGUCCAAUAUCAUGACGUUAUAAACAAACAUUUGUUAUAUAACAUUAACAAUAUACAGUUUCCUUCUUUUCAUGUGUCUACGUACAAAGUGUCAAGGAAUUCAAUUUUAAAAUUUGAACAAAAUUAAAACCCUUGCAUUGUCAAGGAAUAUUAAGAAGUUAGAAAAGAAAUGAAUUUUGAUUUUUUCUGACGACAUGUUAAACAUAUUAUAUUACGUCCACUGAUUGUUAUCCGAUUGUUUUAGAUAUAUGUGCAUGCCUAAAUAGGUAACUAA